AUCCAUCUCAAAUCAACACACGAAUAGUCCAAUCCCCGUAAACCAAACCCAUCUAUCCUAACGAUGAGCGACUCAAGACUACCUCCUACAUCCUACUUUUGACGAUCUACGAUAGGAAAGCAAAGCGGAAGACAAUAAAUAGCACCGGCAGAACCCAGGCGCCUAGCUCAGAUCCAUUCCAUCCGGAUUUCCACGGCGCCCUGACUUGCGCAGUGACCGUCUGUCGCACGGCGCCCAUUUAUCUCACACCACUCAAGAAAAGGAAAAUCACUAAAUAAAUCAAAAUGUCAUUCUGGAGUUCCUACCGAUCCCUAACGCCCAAAACGCGCGCCCUGUUCGGAGUGGGCCUCAUGGCCUGGGCGUCGAUUGGACUCUGGAUGUCGCCGCAGGUGGAGGACGUAAUGGGGAUGAAGGCCACGGCGGCGGAGCAAGAGGAGCUGGAUCGGAAAUUGGCGCUCCGGGUGUCUAGGGUUGAGAAGGAGGGGAAGUGACUGGGGGAUUUGACUGGUGAUGGUGAUGAAUGGGCUGGUUAUUUACAACUUUAUUCUAAGGAUUUGAGUUAUGGUAUUCUAUUUGAAUUGUGGACAAAUCUGUGUGUUUUGA